GCGAAACCAUUCAUCCAGCCAACACUCCGACUGAAAAAUAUUUGAAGCUUAAAGAGCACUGCUAUGAAUCUAGAUUCGGAUUUCAAAGAGGAUUAUGAUGGUGUAGCUGAAUUAGACGGUGCUAUUACAAAUAUGGGUAAUUUAGGAUUGGAUUAGCUUUAAUCACACGGUCAUCGGCGCUGAAUCCCCCCACAUCCAUACGAAUACACAGCAAACAGGCAAUUGGGAUGCAGGGAUGAUGUUUGUGACGCCGCGAUGGGAAGGCCCUACCUGUGAAGAUACCGACAUUCAAACAAUAACGAGGAUCCGAUUUGAUUUCGAGUUGCUUUAGUUGUUUUUAUCGCUUCAUUUUUGUCAAUUUAUCGAACCAUGAUUUUCCUGCGGAGACUCGUGCAGUUAUUGACGCUGGUGGUACAGAGCGGAUGGUGGGAGGUCGCGCCGAGCCCCACCGAUGAAGGAGCACUCAGGUCCGGCCACGGAGAGCACGGAGAGCCGGGACACCAGGAGCCUCACAAGGACACAUACAGCACCUUCGCCUCCGAGUUCCUGGAGUCCAGGCAUCUGUCCGAUGACGGUUAUCCAUUCCCCACCGCCCCACCAGUAGAUCCCUUUGCCAGGAUCAAAGUAGUUGACUGUGGAGUAACCAAAGGCUGCAUAAGAUAUGGGAAGCCAGGUUGUGAUGCAGAAACGUGCGACUAUUUUCUGAGUUAUCGCCGCAUCGGGACAGACGUGGAGUAUGAGAUGAGCGCAGACACAGAUGGCUGGGUGGCCGUAGGUUUCUCCUCAGACAAGAAAAUGGGAGGAGACGAUGUCAUGGGCUGUGUCCAUGACGAUAACGGACGUGUACGGAUUCAUCACUUCUACAAUGUCGGCCAGUGGGCCAAGGAGAUAAAGAGGAACCCUGCUAGAGAUGAAGAGGGCAUUUUUGAUAACAACCGGGUGACCUGCCGUUUCAAACGGCCGUUAUAUGUUCCCAGAGAGGAAACACUUGUGGACUUACACUUGUCAUGGUAUUACCUGUUUGCAUGGGGACCCGCUAUACAAGGUUCCAUCACGAGGCAUGACAUCGACAAUCCGCCUGUCAGCGACCGCAUGGUCAGCAUCUAUAAGUACGAGGACCUUUUCAUGCCUUCCACAGCCUACCAGACCUUCAACUCUCCUCUCUGCUUACUGCUUAUUGUAGCCCUCACCUUCUACCUACUAAUGGGAACGCCAUAAUGACGCACAGCAGAGCACAUAGUGGAAGACAGAUGGAAGAGAAGAUGAAGCAGCAAUACAAAAAGGUCUGAUGCCACAAUCUAGUGUGAACUUUGCACAAAGAGACACUGUAUUAGAAAUGUUAAACAUAAAAAAAGUCUAUAAACAUUACUCUGAACUCAUAAACAGAAUUUUGCCAAAUUAUUAUAUCUAUAUUGUAGAGGUGUCAUGUACUGGUGUCAGUACACUUUUUUUCCUGAGAUUAUUGUUAUAGUAAAAAUAGGUCAACUAUUUUCAGUAUUUAUCAUAGAUUUUAAGCAUGCCCUUGGAAAUCUGAAAAUGAUUUAAAAAACCAGCGAUUCAAUGGUGAUGAGGAGACAGUGCCUCGUGUUGGCUAAAAAAGGACAAAGAAAAACAAGUAGCUCACAGCCGUUUGCACAUUAUCUUCAUGUCUCUUUACCAUUGUAUGUUUAAAUAGACUCCAGGCUUUGGAGAAACUAAAAAAGGUGGUUUAUUUGCUGAUCCUACUAUCACAAAAUAUAGUUUUCAAGAUUUUACUUUGCAAAAGCAUUAUGUUUGGCACUAAUCUUUUCCUAAAAUGUACUUUAAGAUUGUUUUCUGUUUUAUUUCACAGUGGCUAUUGGGUUUGUUUGUUUAUUAGUACUGUGGCACUCUGACUGCUACAUGAGUGCAAGAAUACAAUAUACCCAAGAGAAAAAAAAAAUAUUUUUAAUAUAAAUUUCAAAAAAAUUAUAAGAUGGGACAUUGAGGACCAACGUCUUAUCAUCUGUAUUUUUAAAACACGGGGGCUUCUUCAACAUGUUUACUGUGUUUGUAAGUGUAAAAAUAGUCUUCCAGGGUAAAGCAAACCUUUAUUUGGUGUAGUUUAAAGAAAAAUAAAAGAUGCCAUAUAUUAACAAUUAAAUACAAUUAACGUUUAUAUAGCAUUCAACCACCAACAUUGUUUCAAGGGCCCUGCCUCCUUGGCUUCAAUGCACACAAUGUGUUUGCAACAUUUACCUGAAAAAUAAAACCUGUCAAUUAAAAUGUGUGUUGUUAUGACCUAAUAGUGACUGUAUCAAUAAGCCAACUGUUGUCUUUUUCAAGCAGGCCAAAUUAAAACACUUCUUGUUCAUAAAA